CUUUGCCGGUUUUAUUUCAAGAUAUCACAUCUAUUAUAAGCACGCACACAUAUGAGCAGUUCAGGACACGCGUUGUCGACCACUGACCCAUACGCUGACAGACAGCUAGUGCCCGAAGAGUCCACGCAUCGAGCACUGGCCCUAUAUAAGAGCUUCAUAAAUAACCCGACUACCGACGUGCGUACGCGCCUUUCUUGCCUGGCCAAGACAGUUUCCAUUUUGGAUGCGUUGCCCGUUGUUCGAGGCUUUGACUCAGCUGGAAAAUUUGGAGUGAACCGCAACACUGGUGCCCAGCCGGCCAACCUGUCCCUGCUGCAGCUGCUCGUUGAUCGCACCACGAUGUACAGGGGCAUGUCGGCGGUGCAUCGGCAGCUUGGGGACGUUCAGAAUGCAGCUUUUGGGUAUGACCGGACAACGCUGUUGCUUGAGGCCUUAAUACGAAACAUGAAUGCCUCGCAGAACAUUACAUCUGGUGACCAUGUAGAUGGGGCGGCCACGCAACCGACGUGUUUCGAAAGCGAGAGACAUCUGGCUACGCUCAGAGUUUAUUCCACAAAUAUGCUGCUGCAGGUUCUCGGCGACUGGCGGAUUGUUGAGCAGGCACUGGGUCGCAACUCGAAGGCCGAUAAACUUCUUGCACGGGCAGAGAAGUGGCGAGCAAGUAGGGAUACUUAGGUGUACAGGCAUAUGUGUUACAAUUGUACGAAAAUAAACAAUUGUAAAAAUAAGCGGAUUGAGAGUAUUUAAAUAUUAUCAAUUUAUUUAGCUUGCUCCUCUGUUCCUAGUCAUAUGCUUUAAAACUUUCUAAAGCACACAACUUUUCAAGUGAAGUAUACCGUCUACAAGUCAGCCAAUAGAUACAAACAGCAGUUGUUCUUGGUUUAUCAGUGCAGUGUGGAUUUUUUGUAAUAAGUCAUUUAUUAGUAAGCAAAUACUUUUGCAGUAUUACUCGUACAACGACUGCACAUAUUUUAAAAUUACACUGG